AUAAGCCUCCACCUCGUCGGUUCGGCCCGAUCCCCGGUCUGACUCUGAUCGAUCCAUUUGCCAUUCGACGCUGCCCAUGGAGUUCCCGCACCGCCACCACCACGGCCACCGCCGCGACGACGACGACGACGACCGCCGUGGCCCGCCUCCCCCAGCCUACGGCCGCUCGGACGCCGCCGACCCUGCCUACGGCUACGGCCAGGCGCCCCCUCCCCACUACGGCCGCGACGACGCCGACCCCUACGCCCGCCCGCCGCCCCCCUCCUCCGCGUACGGCGGCGGCGACGCCUACGACCGCCACCCGCCUCCCACGGCCUACGGCCGUGACGACGACGGAUAUGGCGGCCGCGUGCCCGCUCCGGCCUACGGCGCCGGCGGGUACGGCAACGUCGUCCACGUCUCGCACGAGGUCGGCGACGAGAGGCCGCACUACGGGGGCGGCGGCCUCGGCGGAGGAUACGGGGGUGGCGGACCGGGCUAUGGCGACGAGACCCGCCCGCACCAAGGCGGCAGCGGCGGCUACGGAGGUGGCGGAUCCGAGUACGGCCACGAGACCCGCCCGCACCACGGCGGCGGGGGUGGUGCCGCCCUGCCCGUGAGGCAGCAGAUGUUCAGGAUCUUCUGCAAGGCCGGGGAGGAGCAGUACAGCCUCGCUGCCCGCGACGGCAAGGUCUGCCUCGUGCGCACGGAUCGCGACGACGACGCGCAGAACUGGAUCAAGGACAUGAAGUACAGCACGAGGGUGAAGGAUGAGGAAGGCUACCCUGCCAUCGUCCUCGUCAACAAGGCUACCGGAGAGGCUCUCAAGCACUCCCUCGGCCAGUCCCACCCUGUUCGCCUGGCUAGCUACGAUCCAGAAUACCUGGAUGAGUCCGUCCUGUGGACAGAGAGCAGGGACGUCGGGGAUGGAUUCCGCUGCAUUAGAAUGGUGAACAACAUCUACUUGAACUUUGAUGCUCUCCAUGGAGACAAGGACCAUGGUGGCGUGCGCGACGGAACCACCCUCGUGCUGUGGGAGUGGUGCGAGGGUGACAACCAGCGCUGGAAGAUUGUUCCCUGGUGAAAACAUGCUCGUUCAAGCAGCGCCCGUCUUAAUAAGCCGAGUAACUACUAGUACUGUCGUUUCUGGAAUAAUGGGCGCCUCUGGUGUGGACCUGUCUGAGUGCUGUUUCUGCUUGGUCUCGUGCGAGUGAUUGUAUUAUUGUAUGAACCGAACCGAUAAUGUACCAAGUUUGAGACAUGUAUGAACCUUGCUUUUGUUAUGUGAUACAUCCUCUCCUGCCUUGGAUAUACGUUGAUUAUUAUUAUGCUACAAAUGGUUUGUGUCAGGCAGGUACAUUGUGGAUAAUUUCAA